AUGCUGCCAUACAUCACUGUCAUGCAGGGAGAUGUCCUGUAUCUUAUUUAUUUUUUGAAACAAAAAAUUCACAUCACCAUGCAAGGUGAUAUUGGAGUUGCCAGAAGUCUUGACAAGGGGGUAACAUGGCAACAUAUAGGUACUGCUUUAGAUGAAGAUUGGCAUCUCUCAUAUCCAUAUGUCUUCGACUACAAUGGCCAAAUAUACAUGUUGCCUGAAGGCAGUGCAAAAGGAGAGCUUCGUCUUUAUAGAGCACUAAACUUCCCUUUGCAAUGGACAUUAGAGAAGGUUAUCAUGAAGAAGCCCCUUGUUGACCCGUCUCUAAUCAACCAUAACGGGAAGUAUUGGAUUUUUGGUUCUGAUCAUAGUAGUCUUGGUAACAUGACAAAUGGACAGCUGGAAAUCUGGUAUAGUAGCUCACCACUUGGAGUUAUGGACGGUGAUCGGGUUCCCUCAGCAGAUUCGGGCCAUCGGUUUGUUCUAGGAUUCGGUUCGGCUGUGGCUGUUGCGAUGCUUGUUAUGAUAAUGGGUAUGCUAGUUGGUGCCGUGAAGUGCAUAAUCCCCUUAAGCUGGUGCCCACACAACACUGGAAAGAGAAGUGAUGUGUUAUUAGCUUGGGAAAGUUCGAGCUUGUUUUCUUCCAAACUAAGGCAAUAUUGUAGUCGCUUGAACAAUGCAAGCUCAGUGCUCCAUGGCAGGAUAAAACCAAACACAUGGGCUGGAAAGUUAGUUAUCAUUUUAAUAUUUGUGGUUAUGUCUGCACUAAUGUGCUCCUGGGUUAGGUUUAUGUAUGGAGGCAAUGGUGCGCAAGAGGCAUACCCUAAGAACGGUCAUUAUUCCCAGUUCACAAUGUUAACAAUGACCUAUGAUGCUCGUUUAUGUAUGAACCUUUAA